AUGAAUGAAGAGGAACUCGGGUUCGAUCCGACAGCCAAGACAGAAAAUGGGCAGCGGUUCAUCGAGAUUGAACGAAACGAUUCGAUGGAACCACUUAUCAUCGAUAAGGUGAUGAACCGCGCACGUUGUAUUGCGGGUCGUGCGACGACUUGCUGGAAAGCCCAUCGCGAAGGAGAGCCACAGACACCGCUAGUUGUCAAGGACUCCUGGCAAUACGAGGAACGUGAUGAAGAAGGUGAGCUGCUCCGUGAGGCGAAUCAGAAGCAUGUGAUCAAUGUCGCCAGAUAUUAUCAUCACGAGACUUUUCGCGUUGGCGACGAGGUCGACGAUAUUGAAGUCAAUGUUCGGAAAGAUCUGGACAUCAGACGAGCUAAAAACUACCGACCAGAGCGGUCAGUGGUGUCACCAAGUUCAGCUGUACGACAGGGUCGGAGCAGUAGUAUCGCCGGCGUGAAGCGAUCAUCUAGUCAGACUGGCGCCCCUAUGCCGCCUGGCAAGCGCUCCUGCUCAACCUCUCCUACCAAACCGGUAAGCACUGCACUAGCAAACCGUGUGCAUCGACAUGUCAUCAUUCGCAAUUAUGGACACCCCAUUCAUAAAGCAAGCUCCCGAUGCGCUCUACUCUCAGUAGGUAGAGCUAGAGAACGAUCGGGGAUCCUCAGACUCAGCUACCACUCUUUGGUUACUUAG